AUGAGCGAAUUUGAACAGGUGCCAGAUCAAGAAGCUGAACUCCAGGAAUCAGAAGAAGAGGAGGAACUUUUCUUCACCGAUAUCGACGAACUGCAGAACCAUGGAAUCGGCUCGGCUGAUAUUGCAAAGCUGAAAAGUGCUGGCAUUUGUACAGUUCGGGCCAUUCACAUGACGACCCGUAAGAAUCUCUGCAGGAUUAAAGGUCUUUCAGAGGCAAAAGUCGAUAAACUCAAAGAAACUGCGUCUAAGCUUCAGUCGGCUUCUUUCAUGACAGCCACGGAAUUUUCCCAAGUCAGAUCGAAGGUGAUGUAUAUAUCAACAGGCAGUAAAGCAUUGGACGCGCUUUUGGGUGGUGGGGUUCCCACCAUGUCCAUAACCGAAGCAUUUGGUGAAUUCAGGACGGGAAAAACUCAAAUUGCCCAUACACUUUGUGUCGUUGCGCAGCUCCCUUCUGCAAUGGGUGGAACGAAUGGAAAGGCUGCGUUUAUUGACACAGAAGAGCGCAUCAAAUCGAUUGCAGCCCGAUUUGGAAUUGAUCAUGAGGCAGCACUUGAGAAUAUUAUAUUUGCCCGCGCCUAUACUUCGGAGCAUCAAAUGGAAUUGAUUAUCGAACUAGCUGCUAGGUUUGCCGAAGAAAGAGGUGUUUAUCGAUUAUUGGUAAUCGAUUCGAUAAUUGCUCUUUUUAGAACAGAUUAUGCUGGCCGCGGUGAACUUGCUGAGAGACAACAGAAGUUAAAUAUAAUGCUUAGCCGGUUAACAAAAAUUUCAGAAGAAUAUAAUGUUGCCAUAUACAUUACAAACCAAAUUCAAGCUGACCCUGGAAGCAAUAUGAUGUUUGUAAGUGAUCCCCGAAAACCAAUUGGUGGUCAUGUCCUUGCUCACGCUUCAACAGUUCGUCUGUACUUGAGAAAAGGACGUGGGGACGAGCGUGUUGCCAAGGUUUAUGAUUCACCUGACAUGCCCGAGGCCGAAGCUCGCAAGUAUAAUUUUCAUUCUAUAAACUCAUACGUGAAAUUGCAAAAAUUAAUUCCAUUUUUCUUCUGUAAAAAAUGUGCAGCAUAUACUAUCUCCAAUGGUGGAAUAACUGAUAGUUCGAGCUAA